AUGGACCGAAAGAUAAAUACCUCAAAACAAUCUCUCAAGGCUGAAACCUCUUUUGAUGCCAUACGUGUUAUGGUUGUGGAUGAUGAUAUUAUAUGUCUCUCAAUUGUUGCAGGAAUGCUUAAAACAUGGAAAUAUCAAGUGAUGUCAGCUGAUGACAAAGAAAGUUCCAUUUUAAGGGGUUUAGAAGCUGGGGCUGCAUUUUACAUCGUGAAGCCUGUAAACUAUGAUGACCUAAAGGACUUGUGGCAAUAUGCACUUAGUCCCAGGAAGGGUUCUGUAUCAGUGGGGCAUGAAGAGAUGCAGAAUAAGAGAGACUCCAAGAAAAAGGCAGGGAAAAAGGUUAAUGAAGGCAAUGAGCAAGAAAAAAGUGAAGCUAUUGUGCCCAGAAAGUCAAAGGUGGUCUGGACAACUGCACUUCAUAAUGAUUUCUUGGAAGCUAUAAGAAAAAUAGGCCUUGAAAGGGCUGUUCCCAAGAGGAUUCUCGAGCACAUGAACGAGCCAGGAUUAACCAGAGAAAAUGUGGCUAGCCAUUUGCAGAAAUAUAGGAUCUUCCUUAAGCGCGUAACCGAAGCAAGCAGCUCUGAUGGAAGUAGCACUGGAAAGAACAUUAUAGAAAAAACUCUUCGGUCAAGCUUUGCUACCGGGCAUCCGUCGCUAGUGAUUAAUGCUCUCCAGAAACGAAUGCUGGGCAAUCUCCAAAUAACCCCCAGCCUUGGCGCCACAAUUUUCUCUAAUCAGCAAGCUUCAAGUAGUAACCCUAUACCUGAACUUGGAUAUGGACAGUCCCAUUCAGUGGACAAUUCAGCUUAUUUCCAGCAACCAACUUUUGGCAACACAAGUGCUCUGUAUCAAUCCAAUGGUGGGGGUACAAAUGGUAAAAAUCCAAAGCAAAUGUAUAAGCAGGAAACUCAAGCAAGAUCAGAGCGUGUCCCUGAUACCAUGUCUAAAAAUAAUUUCCCUGCCUGUGGGAUUCUGGGCUCCAACGACAUUCAUGAUAUCCAAAACAUGGGAUUUUUAAACAAUUCUAUUCUGACACCAAAUUUUAACUGCAACUACAGCAUUGCUGAUCAAGUGGGAUUUUCUGGUGGUGAGGUAUCAAAUGGUUUUAAUGGCAGUUAUGAUUUGAUCCAUGAGAACAAUGGGAAUAUGAAUUCUGGUUAUUAUUCCGGAGGAGCGUAUUCUCCUGCAGGGUUUGGGAGAACAAACCAACUCUCACCAAGGUUCCCUAAUGUCAACCAGCAGGAAAAUAAUCCAAUGCUGCUGUCACAACAGAACAAUCUUGGGAAUGGAGGAGACAUGAACUAUUUGUUUGAUCAUCUGACUAAUAAUACCACUCCUGUAGAGAACGCAUUUCAUCCACAAUUUGCAGAAAGUAAUCUUUAUGAAAUUUUCCCUAACCAGCAAAAGAAUCUAUCCUAUAACCAGCAACAAGGAGGUGGAGGAUUCCAGGACCCUGGAUCCAACAAUGGCUAUCCAAAUGUGAAACCAUCAUGGAACCAGGGUGCUAAUGAUGACAUAGAUUCUGUGUUUGGCCCUGGAAGAUACUAA